AGUAAUACAAAAAUAAAUCUUUCAUAUUUUAUCAUGGUAUCAGAGCAAGUUUCAAUCCUGUGUGUUUCAUCUUUUACUCCAUUUGCUUUUUUCUAAGUACUCAACAUGUCUGGCGGAGAAGAUUUACCUAAAAAGCCUACAACCCCUAAGGACACAUUCAACAGUGAAACAAAUUCAUCUAACUCUCCAUUUUAUUUGCACCAUUCAGAUAGUCUUGGAACAGUGCUAGUCAUGCAACCAUUAACAGGUGAUAAUUAUCCUGCAUGGAACCGAGCAAUGACCAUGGCACUUGAAGCUAAGAACAAGCUAGGAUUUGUUGAUGGAACAUUCAAUGAACUAGCAUCAAAUUCUACCAUGUUUAUAGUUUGGAGCAGAUGCAACAGUAUGGAUGAGAGGCAUAGAUCUAUUCGAUAUGUUUCCUCACUAGCAUAUCUAGAGCAGUCAGCCAUGGCAGUUGUCAACACACAAGAUUUUGCUCGUUCUAAUCAACAGUUCAGGACUAGAAAUGGAAGACCAUUCUAUCAUUGUGACUUUUGUGGCCUAGAUGGACAUAUAGAGACACGGUGUCGGAAGAAACAGGGGAAUCAAAGUUUCCAUACUUCUCAUUACAAGGGAGAAUUCAAAGAGCCUUAAACUCGGCAAAAGUUUAGCAACUUGAGACAUAAUCAAAAUUCUCCAAAAAGCACCUCAAAUCUUCAUGUGGCAGCAGCAAUUGACCAAGAUGCAUUAAGCUCAAACUAGAACCAGCCUUUCACUCAGGAUCAAGUCAAGCAACUUCUUGCACUCAUUCAACCAAGUACUCUCUAUACCUCUAACCCUCUAGUCA